UGCAGCGCUACAGAGCAGCCUACAGAGCUACGCGCCCUCGCUGUAAAAAGUGUCGGCGAGCGCCUUUUCGAGGCUUCUCUUCCUCCCUUUGCCCCCCGUCCUUCCUCUCUUAACCGUCCCUCGGUUUCUCCGCCGCGACCUUGUGGCGGGAACAAUGCAGCAGCGCCGCCGCGGCUCCCCCUCCUCCUCCUCCUCCUCCUCCGCCGCCGCCCUGCUCCUCGGCCGGCUCUGGCUCCUGCUGGUGCUGGGGGCGGCGACGACGAGUGCGUCCGCGCAGGUGAAGAAGCGAGUGCCCAACGCGCGGUGGAAGCCCGCCACGGCCACCUGGUACGGCAGCCCCGACGGCGACGGCAGCGAUGGUGGGGCGUGCGGGUACGGGUCGAUGGUGGACGUGAGGCCGCUGCGGGCCCGGGUCGGGGCGGUGAGCCCGGUGCUGUUCAAGAACGGCGAGGGCUGCGGGGCGUGCUACAAGGUGAAGUGCCUGGACCGGGGCAUCUGCUCCCGGAGGGCCGUCACCAUCAUCGUCACCGACGAGUGCCCCGGCGGGUACUGCUCCGGAGGGAACACCCACUUCGACCUCAGCGGCGCCGCCUUCGGCCGCAUGGCGAUCGCCGGCGAGGCCGGCCCGCUCCGCAACCGGGGAGUCCUCCCCGUCCAGUACCGGAGGACGCCGUGCAAGUAUCCAGGCAAGAACAUAGCCUUCCACGUGAAUGAGGGCUCCACGGACUACUGGCUCUCGCUCUUGGUCGAAUUCGAGGAUGGAGAUGGCGACGUGGGUUCCAUGCACAUUAGGCCCGCGAGUUCGAGCGAGUGGAUAGAGAUGAAGCACUUGUGGGGGGCGAACUGGUGCAUCAUCGGGGGUCCUCUGCAAGGCCCCUUCUCGGUGAAGCUGACCUCAUUGUCGACCAACAGAACGCUCUCGGCCAGAGACGUGAUCCCGGGGAACUGGUCUCCCAAAGCCACUUACACUUCUCGCCUCAAUUUCUUCUAAAAUCCCAUUCAUCCGCCAUAAGCAUCCCCUCUACUCGGCAUCACAUCACAAAGGAGCUUUCGUCGGUGCUUUUUGGAAGAAAAGUAGCCAGUGGGAGCUGCAUAAUUGAUCGGCAUCCCAUGCUCUUUCUUCUUCUCCUUAUGCUUAUUUUCGAUCUUGAUUUGUACUUUUUUUCCUCAUGUGGGUUUUCUUUAUAGGCAAUGUGUGUGGGGGUGCAAGUGUUUGUGUUGGUGUUUGUGUUGUGUAGUUGAUGUAGCCCUCUCCAAAGGGAGAGAGAGCGUGCAUAGGCUUUGCAAUAGAAUGUGUGUAGAUUGGGUUGGUGCGGGGUUAACGAGAUUGUUGUGGGCCAUUUGUCUUGUCUUGUCUUGUCUUGAUGACUUUGGACCGCUCGAAUUGAAAUCUUGCUGGUCGAUCCAUGUGAGGGGAGACAAAGGUCAGGACUUGUGGCCCUGUGGGGACCCUUGUGAGUUUGUUUCUUCCGUUGAUGAAGUAGAAGCUGAAAUGUAAUUGUUCGAGUUACUUGCAGAAUCGGAGUGAUGUAUUUAGUGGCUA